UCAUCGCAUGGAGUUUUCCAGUCAUUUGGUGGCAAUGGAACGACACCGCGCUCAUCGAAAGGUAGAUAGGCUCGAGGCUGAAAUCCACCCCAGAAAAGUCGAAUCUUCCUGCUACAUUCCUCUGGCAACCAAGUGGAGAGAGAUAUUUUUAUUUUUUCCCUCAUCGGCACGCAGCAGCCAUUGACCGUCUCCUCGGAGGGCCGGCCGUUGUUCAUUAAAACAUUAUUAUCAAGGUGCUGAUUCAAAUUCGGAAGGCUUCUCCAGUACUCAGUCCUCUUCCCCAUUCCAACAAUCUAAAUAGCCGAGUCAGCGAGGGGAUCGUUUGUCCUUCCAAAAUUCCAGCUACUAUUAAAUGGAGGAAGUUCUCCAUAAAAGGAAAAGUCAAGCACAAGCAGGGAGGCAGGAAACAAUCAUCACUUUUCUCCCAACCAAGCAAAAUCCCUCAAGGAAAGCAUCCCUAUCCCAGAUCUAGCGACCCCUCCCUAUAGCUGCCCUCUCGAAAUGGAGAAGCCCGGAUAUCGCGUGGCGCAGCUUUCCAUCUCCUCCGCAGUUCUGCUUUUGGGCAUGGUGGCCUUCUCCUGCUGCGUGGCUGCCGAAUUCACUAAAUCCAAGGCCACAAGAGACUUGAAACUGGAUGGAAGCCUCUGCUCGCUGCAGAGGAGCUCGGCUUUCGCGUUAGGGAUAACAGCGUUGGUGUGCCUAUCUGUCGCGCAGAUCGCGGGAACCUCAGCAGCUGGAGUCAGAAUUUGCUCCGGCAAUUCCAGGAGAAGGCGGUCAGCUUCGAUUGCACUUCUCGUUCUAUCCUGGUUGAGCUUUGGAUUGGCCGCCAUCCUGCUGGGCACUGCAUCAGGCAUGAGCAAUAAGCAGGCAUACGGGAGAGGAUGGCUGGACGGAGACUGCUACCUCGUUAAAGACGGAGUGUAUAUUGGGUCCGCCAUCUUGGCUGUCUCCACCGUGAUCUUCAUACUUGGAUUCACACUCACAACAACAAGCUGGGCCACCCUUUUCCCCGCCCGGCGCACACUACCCGAUGAGGCCGGCAAGUCGCAUCUCCUCCAAUUCCAACCAAAAGAUUCGGCUGCAGCACCGUUGCCGGCAACGCAAGGAUGACGACAGACAAUUGAUCCAUCCAUUAUAAGUGCUCUGUCUUACUUAUUGUUUUUUUUUUUUUUUUUAAAUUAUCCAAAUUUCAUAGUUGUAAGCGGGUCAGAAUUAGGAAUUGUGCUGCUGCGUGUCGAUUCUUUGGAUUACAAAUUGCAACUGCUCUUAUAGACGGUCGCAAACAACAGCAGUCUUUCCAUCAAGUGUAAAAAUUAAUGCAAUUGUAUCAAUUCAUACCUGCUCAAUAAACAUAUCAAUCAUAAACUCUGAUUUUUUAUAUCAUAUUCUUUUUUAGUAGUUUACAAAAGACGUGACAAGUAAUAUGCCACUUCUCUAUUAUGCCGCAGCUCUUGCUUUCCUGUUGUGCAGCAGGCACGUCUUCUCACUGAUUAAUCCUGACUCUUCAUCAUUAACGGAUUGUGGAAUCUCAUCUACCCGUCUCCAAUCACCUCUGUAAUAGGCACAAACAUUAUCUACCAAGCUACCUAUAUAUACAGCUCAAGCUCUGUGUUAUACUCAACGAAAAAACACUUUGUGAAAUUCUAUUUUUACUUACUGCUCUAUGAAUUUUCACGGGAUUUAUAACCUUUUAUUCUCUUCUUAGCUAAUCCUGCUGGAAUUGCUUGCCUUCAUGGUUUGAGAGCCCGUAGCUUAUCAUCUAGCUCGUUUAUUUUCUUGUUCCUUUAUACCUCUAUAUGGACGAUUCCAUCAAUUCCUCUACCAAUACUCCUGGCCGAAAUCCCGAAACUACAUUGUGUAAUAAAUACCUGUAUCUCCCAAGCUGGAAGAACUUGUACAUCCAAAGCUGGAAGAACCUAAUGUUGAUUUGGAAUAUUUUCAAGUUGAAAUAAGCUUUUAUUUGGAAAGCUUUUAAUGGCUCAUUAUUGUAAUUAAUUAGGGAAUAGAUUAUUUCUCUAAUUAAGUUGAUUUGAUUUGAGAUUUAAUUGGAAAUUUGAUCGAUGCAUUAAUUAGGGGUCUAAUUAUUACAUUAAUUAGAAAUUUGAUUGGGAUUUGAUUAAAAUUAGAUUUGGAAGCUUUUUUCUAAUUUAUUUUGACUCAAAUAUAUAAAUAGAGUCCUGAGGCUACUGUUGUAUGAGUGGGGAGAGAGAACUCAUUGUAAUUUUCUAUUGUUCUUCAAUAUAGUGAAAUGAUCAUCCCCUCCCAGAUGAUCCCCUCCCCGUGGAUGUAGGUAUUUUCACCGAACUACAUAAAUUGCCAUAUUUAUUGUGUUUAUGUUGUGUGAAUUUAAUUUUCGCUACGAUUGUUUGCACAAUAAUUGGUGUCAGAGUCGGAUUCUGAAUUCUGGUGGGAUUUAUGGCGGUGAUUUGAAGAACAUAAAGUAUCUCUCUGUUCGCGUGGUUCGUCCAGAUAGAGGAACAGACCCGAAUUGGUGUAAAUUCGGUUACAUGAGAUAGCUGCAAUUUAGUGUAAGCUAUGAGAUCUUAUGAAGCCAUGGAUACAUCCACCUCAUCGGUGGAGAAGGCGUCGAUUCAUCAGGUGGUUACACAUCCCGUCAAAAUUGAUGCGAUGAAAUUUGACGACAAAUAAAACUUUGGCAUGUGACGAUGUGACGUGAUGGAUACGCUGGGUUUUUUGAAUCCGGAGGAAGAUCUGAAGAGUGAUAAAACAUCAUAAGGAGAUUUCAGAGAGAUUGACUCAAGAUAAACCAAAGUGCUUGUGACUUGAUUAUAAAUUGCCUAUUUCAGUAUAUCAAGUACGGGGUGAUGAUGGAGACUUAAGCUGUGAAGAUGUGGAAGACUUUGGAGAAUAAAUAUUUGAUGAAGACUUGAAGAGCAUGGCGAAUCAUCUCUAUAUGAAACGACGGCUCUAUAGGUUUCAGAUGAGGUAUGAGAUUACAAUUGAUGAGCAUUUGAAUGACUGUACAAAACUGUUGGCAGAUCUUUUGAAUAUGGAUGAGGAGGAUUGGAGAUGAAGACAAGGCGCUUCUUCUGUUCAAUUCACUCUCGGAUGAGUACGGAAAAUUCAAGAUGACGCUCAUUCAUGGGAAGGUCUUAAAUUAUGGGGAGGUGACUACUGCAUUGCUGAAUCACGAGUUCUGGCAUCGGGACAAGGAGUCUACAAACAUAGAUUCAUCUGAGGCUCUCACACUCCAAUAAGGAAGAUAUGAGAAGAAGAAAAAGGGUGACAACAGGCAGUACAAAUCUCAUGGGCACAGUCUUGAGAAAAAUCAAUGUGCUUUCUGUUUGGAGAUUGGUCAUUGGAAGAAAGAUUGCCUAAAGCUGAAGGAGAAGAAAAUGGAAGUUUCCAUUGAGGCUAAUCUUAGCAUGGAUGAGCGUGAUGAAGAUUCAAAUAUAUCACUAUAUGCAAUCUCUCAGAGUUUGUAUUUAGAUGGUUUAUGCUGGAUUAUGGAUACUGGUGUUACCUAUCACAUUUGUUCCACUUGAGAGUGGUUUUAUACCUACAAAGAGCUUGAUAGUGGUGUUGUGAUAAUGGGAAAUGAUAAGACUUGCCAUACAGUUGGUGUAGGGAGCAUCUUAAUCCGAAUGCAUGAUGAUACUAUGAGAGAACUGACUAAUGUGAGGCACGUUCUAGAUAUUAGGAAGAAUUUAUUGUUUUUUGGGGCUUUAGAGACCAAGGGCUAGAAGGUAGUCAUGGAGGCAGGAUUUAUGAAGAUAUAUCUUAGAGCAUUGAUUUAUUUGAAAGGAGUUCGUCGCCACAACUUUUACUACCUUCAGGGAAGAACAAUGAUUGGAACGGCUGCUGUUACUGAUGAUUUUUCUGAUACCAUUGUAUUGUGGCAUAUGCGGCUAGCUCAUGCUGGAGAGGCUUCUCUUAUGGCUUUGGUGAAAUAAGAAUUAAUUAAAGGAGCAAGCACAUAUAAGCUUGAUCUUUGUGAACAUUGUUUGUUUGGGAAAAAAGACACGCAUAUCCUUUUGUAUUGCCAUUCAUAGUACAAAGGGUAUCUUAGAGUAUGUUCGCACAGAUGUUUGGGGCCCAACUAAGACAACAUCAUUCGGCAGGCGGCGAUACUUAAUUUUAUUUAUCCAUAUAUGUUUGGGUGUACACCAUGAGAUGCAAGAGCGAGGUAUUAGAGAUUUUCAGAACUUGAAAGAAGUUGAUUGAAACUUAGAUUGACAAAAGGAUAUGAUAUAUCAGAUAAAAAAAUGGGGGCGAAUACACUUCGGUUGCAUUCUUGCAGGAGUGCCAAAGAUCUAGAAUAAAUCAUCACUUCACUAUAAGAGAGACAUCGCAACCAAACGUGGUGGCAAAGAGGAUGAACCAAACUUUGGUGGAGAAAGUUCGGUAUAUGUUAUCCAAUGCUGGGUUGGAUAGUAUUUAUUGAGUUGAGGCAAUAGACUAUGCCUGUCACUUGGUGAACUGUCUACCUUAUGCAGCUAUUGAGAAGAAUACCCCAAAAGAGAUAUGGUCGCGACAUCCUGAUAGAGAUUAUGAGCACUUGAGAGUCUUUAGGUGUCCAACUUAUUAUCAUGUUCAGAACGAUAAACUAGAACCAAAGGCAAAGAAGGCGGUCUUUAUUGCCUUCAAGCAUGUAUUCAAGGGCUUUAAACUCUAUGAUUCGAUAGAGAAGAAUAUUGUCAUUAGCAGGGAUGUUACUUUCGAUGAGGUAAGCAUGUUGAAGUCUCAGGACUCUAAGCAGGUGGAGAGUUCCACUGGGACCACAGAUACACAGAAGAAGUUGGAGUUUGAUGUAACUCCGUUUGCUCUACAGAGGAAAACCAUUUAUGCUUAGGUAUCCGAUUCAACUGCAGAUCAAGAGGUAGAAGAUGAUGUUGAAGAGAUUCUUGCUUAUGAGUUUAUUGAAAGGAACAGAUACGGACACAAUAAUGUCCCAAAACUAGCUUUGUUGAGGAAUUACAUUGCAUUUGCACUUUAAGCCAUGGAGGCUGAAAUUCCUAGUCACUAUAAGGAAGCGGUGGACAAUCUUGAUUGUGAUCUACGGAAGAGUGCUAUUGGGUGCAAAUGGAUGUGUGCAAAAAAGGAUCUCAUGGAGCUCAUAUGCAAUACAAGGCUAAGUUGGUGGCUAAAGGCUUUGCACAACGAAAAUGGAUUGCUUAUGAUGAAGUGUUCUCCUCAGUGGUUAAGAAUACCUCGCCUCGAGGUUACUUGGCACUUGUAGCAUGGUUUGAUCUGAUUUUGGAACAGCUCGAUCCAGACAUUGCAGAAGCAGGUGGCAUUGUGAGCAGGUUUAUACAUAAUCUAGGAAGGAGUUAUUGGCAAGUUAUGAGUAGUAUCCUGAGUUAUCUAAAUGGUACAUUUGAUGCAGGCUUGGAAAUGAAGUCACCACGGCAGUAGUGCAUGACUCCGUUGACCUCUAUGUAUUAUCCAAAACAAAACAAAAAAAAGUCCAAAUCAAAAAUUAAUGUAGAGCAGCAAUGAUCUACCUCGUCACCUCGUUCUGUCGAAGAAUCCAUAAAAUCUAGCUGCACUCGCAUCUCUUCAUCUGGGUAUGCGUCUUAAAUCCCGUGCCAACUAGACUCAUUUCUUGUCGUUAAAUACCAAAUGAAUGAAGCCUUUAAGUUUUCUCUCAUCCCACGUGAACCAGCUGAACAUCUCCUCCUCUACUCUCUGUCUAUCAAAAAGGGUGCCCCCUAACUCCUCCAAAGCUGCAUACCCACUCAACUCCAUAGCCUUCUUCCUUCGACCCCAAAAUCCCCAUCGUCGAUCUCUACACUUUGCCGAAAUCCAUUGGGCUACAAGCUUCCCUUACCUUACAUCCUUGCUCUUUCGAGCGGAAACUGCCAACCUGAUCAGUAGCAAAUCCCAUAUCCUUCUUCCUCUUCUACUCUGCAAGCUGAGACUUCCACGAUAA